GUCUGGACCGCCUGGGUGCUGUCGUCCAACCCACAGUCCAUCGCUAUACCUAUUUCGCAAUCCCGACUCGGCGGAUUUUAUUAGUGCAAAUGAUAAUGAAAUACGCUUCGCCACAAGUGCUUCAGCACUUGCGAGCAUGGAUUGGAGCUGUCAUCAGAAUAAUGAGAACAGUUUUAGAAGCAUAUCCAAAUUAACUGCUAAUGAUAUAACCAGUGAUAUGCGUAAUUGUGCUCAGGCUGAUGUAAAUUUGGACACAGGGAACCUCAUCUUUGCAUAUACAAAGCUUAAUCAACAAUUUAAAAAAAUGGAGCCAAAAACUUGCCAUACUACACAUGCAGAAAUUAUUAAUUCAGGGAUGAACUAUAACUCAAUAAUUUCCAGUGUUCCUAACAACAGAGCUGCUCUUUUGAAGAAUCCACUAAAUCAUUCUAAAAACAAACAGUCUCUGAAAGUGAUACAGAAUGUUCCAGAUAUAUAUGACAGUGUUCCAGUCAACAGUCAUACAUAUGAGAGACAACAGUUUAGCCCACAACUGUCCAAGUUCAGCAUGUAUGGAAAUGCAUCUCAUCAGAAUAUCAUGGGCAUUGGGGGAUCAUCAGUUGAUAUUUUUCCUGAUUAUUUACAACAGAUAUUCAUAAAAGCAGACACUGACAUCGUCUCAUUGUAUAAAUUCCUUGAAAUCUUUAAUAAUUCAGUAAAUAGUCAAUAUGUACUCGAUAGUGGCUCAUGUAAGGCACACACAGUUCUUUGCCUUUCAAACAUCCCUGAUGUAAGUGCUUCAGAGGAUCACAGUGCACAAAGUGAAACAUUUGGCAAGUUGGAAGAUAAAAUAACUGUGAUAAGCAGUUACUGUAACGAUUUAGUUGAAAACAGAGGAAGGAUAAUGAUCAACAACACAAAUCUGUCAGCUACAUGGCAAAGAAAAUCCUUGCAGACAGUGAACAUGCUUUGGUCUACCAUGCCUCCUAAUCUUCAUAACAAAGAAGCAUCUUUGUAUACUAGUCACAGAAGUUGUUUUAAUGCAUCUUAUACUUGGAAGGAAGGUGACAGAUGUGAAAUAUUAAAAACACACAAUUCAAUUAGUAAAAACAGUCAAAUUCAAGCUCACUGCAUCAUAAAUGGUAAUCCAGAGAACCUUCAAAAGCAUUCUAGCAUGUUAGGUGACUGCACAUCUUUCAAUGAACGCAAUAUAGAAGUGAAUUUCUUUCAAGGGUGUGAUAUUUCUGACAGAAAAGUAAUUCAUAAAGAUAGUGUUCCCUUUAAACCAGGUGUUGCACUGCAGAAAUGUGUUGUUACAGCAGAAAGUGAGAUGUCAGCAAGUUUGGAACAAUACAGUUUUGAAACUGAUGCAAGUGUGCCAUCAGACAUCAAAAAGCAGAAGAAAUUGAUGGAUGCUGAGUCCUUAUAUGACUUACAUGAUUUUAUAACAGAAGGCACAGAUAAAACCAAAACUAGUUCUAGAGGACAUCCCAUAAUAAUGUCGCAGAAAAUAAGGAGUUUGUCUCAGCCAUCCUUACCCACCUUUUUACUCCAUAAUAGCACAGACGAUGAACAGCUGUCAGAAGAUGCUGAGGAUGGAAGUGACAGUCUCAGUGACACUUUCACAGCAUGUGAAGAAGUUCACUAUGAAAAUAUAUCAAAAUUGAUGGAACACCCCACAGAAGAUAUUAAGGAAAACAAGCAAAUAGAGAUGCCUUGCAAUUCAGUUAAUGUAGUUUAUCAUGAAACCACUGAGGAAACAGCAGUUGUUGACUCUAAUCAGAAUGUUUAUAUGGUGCAGUCAGACCAUUUAGAUACCAGUGUUGCUACUGAAUUAAAUACAAAUGUCUGUUUCAGCGAAUUAUGUAACAAGUCACAGAAACUGCAAACAAAAAGUGAUGGCUUUUGUGAAGAAAAUAAACUGUACUAUCCAUCUCCAUCUGAAAUGAAUACUAGUUACAACGACUAUGAAGUUCCACUGGUAAUUAUACAGGACAUGAAUCCUUGGUAUAGAGAAGAUGGAAAUGCCCUUGAGAUGGAAUCUCAUAACAGCCACAGCAUAACUGGAAUUGAAGCUCAUGUAAACAAAAGGGCAUAUCCAAGAAAAACCAAACAGCAUAUCAUAUUCCCACUGUCUCAGAAUGAAAUUUUCAGCGGCAGUAAGGUAAUUCCAGAUAGAAAUAUUCAAUGCGAAGCCUGCAUCCUGCCACAUAUUAGUUCUUGGAACAGACCAGAAAAUAAAACAUGUACAGAAGAGGCCAAAACAAGUCAUUCCCAUGUCACACACUCAACAUGCAUUAACUAUACUAGAGAUGCAAAUGUUCAGGGCAAGAUGUGUGCACUUACUUUGCCAAGUGACACUGAUGCAAACAGAAGACAGAUAGUAAAAACAUCUCAGAAAUAUAAGCCACAGGUAGAAAUUUGUCACAUUACUGAAACUGACAGCAAAAUUAAUAGCAAACAUGAAUCUUUCAUGAUAAGGGGAAAUAUAUCCAGCCCAGAAUAUGUAUCUACACAAAGAACACAAAUGUUCACAAGACCAUAUUCAUCAGAUAUUAUGUGUAGUAAUGAUUUCAGUCAUCAACAUCUGCCUGUCGAGGACUACACUGCCUUUCCCAAAUCAGAUGCAGAGUCUGUAUCUAAUUCUUGGGAAGAUAGUUAUCAGACACAACCAGUGCAAUAUCCUUGUACACAGAACAGACGUAGUCCCAGCCAUAUGUCUCAAGUUCGUAACACCAGUCUAGAAAACGCUCUGCAUUCAUGCAUAGACAUGGCUGUCAGGAAACAUGAAAAUGACAUACACAAACAGCCAUGUUAUACUGAGGGGCAGUCAACACAAGAUGUUACAGUACAAACAAAUAUCAGAAGCUUGAUCAACUUAGAGAACCAGAGUUAUUGUUUUUUAUGUUUCAGCAACAAAAGCAACCAAUUUAACAAUCAGAAUUUGACUUUGAAGAGACACAUUGAAGCUCUCUACCUGGAGUCUGUUUCUUUACCCAAAAAACGAAGAUAUGAUACCCUGAAAUCAGCAGAGUCUCACAUUUCUGAAUUACCUACCAACCAUAAUUCAAGGGCAGAGAAAUCUGAAAUCAUUGAAGGUUUCUCUACUGAUGAUAAUGAAGACACAAAUUUUAAAUAUGAGGAAUAUUUACCUAAAGUACAGGAUACUUCAAUAAUUAAUGUAGAAAAUUUUGUAGACUCAGAUCAUAAGGUUCCUGAUACUGUGAAAGACAUUUCCUGGACGGAUGUUGACGUGAACCAAAAAGAGCUGUACAUGACAGACCAAAUUAUGAAAGCUCCAACCAAAGGUGAACAGAACUUUGAGUAUCAGUUCCCAAAAGCAUGGACCAGCAACAUAGAAGAGAAGGCCCUUCAAAAUCAUGUACCUGUUAGGCGUUCAAUUCGUAUUGGCCUAUCCAGAAGAGCCCAGCCACAGCCCCUCCAUCCCCACUACCCACAACAAUAA